AUGAGUAGUUCAAAGGGGAGUGGCUUACCAAAUUGCUAUCAGUACGUCAAGGUUCCAUUGUCUCUUCUGUCAAAGUACUCGCACACAAUGGGAGAUCCACAAGAUGUAGAAGUGGAUACAAUCAAUCAAGGUUUCCGCCAAUCUGAUGGUAAAUUCAACAAACUCACGAUAGAGACAAUAAUACUUUCAACUCUAAACCAAAAGCUUGGAUCUUAUAUAACCUAUAGCCAGUAUAGAAAUGGGACAAAGAUAUUGAAGGCUAGGUACCAAAGUCUUGCAGAAUAUCUUCGUUGUAGUUCGGGUUUUGGGUGGGAUCUCGAAACAAAAAAAUUCACAGCAGAUGAUGAAGUAUGGAAUGUCUAUUUGAAGGCUCAUCCAGAUAAGAAAUAUCUGCGUGAUGAUUCCUUUGAAGAUUAUGAGGAGUUAAAAGCGAUAUAUGGUCCAAAUACUGCAAGUGGACAAAAUAUUGUGGGAUUAGGUGAUACCAUUCAUGCAGAUACCUACCAAGUUGAAGCCACCGAGAGGACAAAUGAUAUCAAUUUUGCUGAAGGGAUAAUACAGCUGCAAGCAUCUUAGCGUGAACUGUUUUCUUCUUCAUCAGGAAAAAGUAAGGGAGAAAAGCUUCCCCAAAGAAAGAAAGCUAGAACUGAUGCAUAUAACUCCAACAUGGUUGAUGAUGACGUGACAGAAAUCAGUAGCCAGAUCUUUGGCAUGAUACAAAAAAGAUGGGAAAAAGAAGCUGAAGAAAAAGAAUCUGAGGACAAAGCUAACAAUGUUUGGGAUGCUAUCAAAGAAAUUUCUGAUUUGGAUGACGACUUGCGUUACAAGGCGGUGACACUUGUUCACAGCUUAGGUAUGAAAUCUGGAUUCGUGAAUAUGUCUAUAACAGACCGUUGUGGAUGGAUUAAACGAAACCUUCGUAAACCAAGUGGCUGAAUGAGAUACUUUUAACAUGGAUUGAAGUCAUGAAUGUGGUUCUUGAUUGGAGCUUUUUUUUUUACUUUUUUCAGUAUGAGUUUUAGUUAUUCUGUUUAACAAAUUGCUAUGGUUUUUGUUCUUUGUUUGAAUAACACUUUAUGUGCUUUAUUUAAAUUUUAGUUUUUAAUUGAGACCAUACCAUUUGAUAGUGUUUUCUCUAUCUUUUGGCCUCCUUAUUUUCUUUGAUAAGUUCACAAAAAUGUUUGCAUGUCUUCAUGAACUUUCGUUCUUAAAGCUUAAUAGUAGUUGUUGCCGAC